UUUGUUUUUGUAUCAAUAACGAAAUACCAGAAUUUAAAUAAAAUGGUACUGUAUUUUGGUGUUUCAGAAAUGGUCGUGCAUACCAAUAUUCAAUAUCCUGAUAUUCCAAGUCUUAGUAAGACUUGCAAUAUCAAGACACUGGAUAUUACAGGCAAUCUUCAACUUUCAGGCAUAAUGUGUUCCUGAAAAAUAUGUACAAAAAGUUGAAUCAUAAAAUUGCAUGUUACAAAAGGAGUCAGUUCUCUGAGAGCUAAAGAGAAAACUUAUAAAAUCUCUUAAUUAAUAAAGUAUGAAAGUUCAGUUUUUACACUGAAUACAGUACAGUUCAAAAAAAUAUUAUUUAAAACAUUAAAACCAUAGAUUAAACAAAAAAAGAUAAAAAUUAAUUUUCACAAAUGACCACCUUAUUACCAAAUCCAAAACUGGCAGAAAGGACCAGUGUCUAAUAGCUAAAAAUUUUUGUCAGCUGAAAAUGUGAAAAUAUGAAUUUGGCAUGUGAAAAAUAAUUUAGAAAAAUCAAAUAUGAAAGUCAAGAUCUACCUGUAUUACAAAUUAUUAUUUCCAAGUUUUAUCUGGACAACUUACAUCUGUUUGCACAGAUGUUCAAAGGCUGCUUGUGCAUCUGAAUGUAACUUUGUACAUUGCCUUUGACAUUGAUAGAUUACAACUGAAAUUAUUAUUUGUCUCAGAAGUGAUUGAUUUAUUUACUUAUUUUCACUAUGACUUCUUAAACUUAUCUAAUGAUGAAAAUAUAAAACUUACAUAAUGUUAAUUAAUAUAAAGUUUUAAUAUGUGUAUAAUUUAUGGAGAAACACUAUUUUCAGUUGAAAAAUUAAAUGAGUAUAAUAUCACUGAGCACUCCUGUUCUCCUUGUCCCAGUUUUACUUGGCCAGACAGUACAGAUUCCAGAUGUAUUUAUUGUCCUGAAGAAUUUCAUGAUCCUAAUGGAAUUUGCAAAUGUCCACCUGGUAAAGAUGGUCAGCGUGUCUUAACAGGAGGAUCUUGUGUAGCAAAAAAGGAACUAAUCACUAAUAAUCCUUCUCAAACUACUAUAAGAUAUCAGAAUGGUCUAUCAGUACAGUCAAAUUUCUUUGUUCAUCACUUUCAGGCAGUAGUUGUUAAUUGCAAAUCAGUGGCAAAAGUGAUGCUUGUUCAGAAUAUUUAAGUUUUACGUAUAAUGGAAACUUUCAUCUAAAUCAG